CGAAGUAAAGCAAAUUUUAACCGAAUAAUGUCGCUCUUAUCUGGAGUUAUGGCCAUUGGUAGAUGGCUUAAUGAUAUCUGUAUGUGGAGGAACCCAGUGACUACUUGUCUGGUUCACAUCCUGUUUGUAAUUCUAGUGUGCUACCCAGAACUAAUCCUGCCCACUACCUUCCUCUACCUGUUUUUUAUCGGGAUAUGGAAUUACCGCUUCAGGCCAAGGCAACCUCCACAUAUGGAUGCAAAGUUAUCUCACGCAGAUAGGGCCCAUCCAGAUGAGCUUGAUGAAGAAUUUGAUACAUUCCCAACUUCACGACCACCAGAUCUUGUGAGGAUUAGGUAUGAUCGGCUGCGAAGUGUUGCAGGACGAAUACAGACAGUGGCAGGUGACCUGGCAACGCAAGGAGAGAGAUUGCAAGCAAUACUGAGCUGGCGUGAUCCAAGGGCCACUGCUAUCUUUCUAAAUUUCUCAUUGAUCUGGGCCAUCAUUUUGUAUGUUACACCAUUUCAAGUAGUGGCGAUAUUACUAGGUAUUUACAUGUUACGGCAUCCCAGGUUUAGAAGCAGGAUGCCUUCUGUACCUUUCAAUUUCUUCAAGAGGUUGCCUGCCAAGUCAGACAUGCUUCUUUGAAAAAAUAAAUAAAAGUAGAUGUUUUUGUUAAUGGAACAUAUUAUUAUUAUCCAUGAA